UGAGUGGCGCUGGGUUUUCCGAGGGGGCAGCCUGGGGGUUGGUGUGUGCGUUUGUUUGCUCGCGUGUGGGUCCGCCUGCCUUGUUUUCUUUCCUCCCUUCUCGCGGGGAGGCCGGGCCCGACUGGAUAAUAAACGGACAGGGGGCGAGGCUGGGCACAGCCAGGCCGGUGCAGGACAGGAGGAAGGAAGGGAAAGGGGAAAGAAUAGAGGUGAGGGGCGCAGGGGUGGGAGCAGGAGGCGGCGAGAGGAAGCAGAGCAGCUGUGGCAUUGGAGGAGUAUAAAUAGCCUCCCGCUGGGACGGAGCGGCCCCAGGGGUUUGCCGCUGCAGCGAGUGCGGGAGGCACGGGGCUGGACAGUGGGCGGGCGCGCCCCUGGGGCUCCGACCGACCGCCACCCUCGCCAUCGCCACGUCCCCAUGCUCUCGCAGCCGGCCAUGCUGCUGGGCGGCCUCCUCCUCACGGUGGCCACCGCGACGGCGGCUCAACGGAGGGGGCAGGAGGCGGGCGGGCGCCGCUGGGCACACCGCGUGCAGCACGGCCAGUGCAGCUACACCUUCGUGCUGCCCGAGCCGGAGCCCUGCCCGCCGCCCGAGCCCGAGCCCUUCGGGGGCCCCAACAGCCUCCAGAGAGACUCGCCGGCCGCCGCGGCGCUGCGCCUGGGGGACUGGCCCACGCAGCGGGUGCGGCAGCUGGAGAAGGCGCUGGAGAACAACACGCAGUGGCUGCAGAAGCUAGAGAGAUACAUCCAGAUGAACUUGAGGUCGGAGCUGGCGCAGGCCCAGCAGCACAUGGUCCAGAACCAGACGGCCACCAUGCUAGAGCUGGGCACCAGCCUGUUGAACCAGACCACCGCCCAGACCCGCAAGCUCACCGACGUGGAGGCUCAGGUCCUGAACCAGACGUCGCGCAUGGAGAUCCAGCUGCUGGAGACCUCCCUCUCCACCAACAAGCUGGAGAAGCAGCUGCUGCUGCAGGGCCACGAGCUCCACCGGCUGCAGGGCCACAACAGCGCGCUGGAGACGCGGGUGCAGGCCCUGGAGACGCAGCAGCAGGCGGAGCUGGCCAGCCUCCGCGGCGAGAAGGAGCGGCUGCGGCGCCUGCUGGGCCGCCAGAGCGGCGCCCUCGCCGGCCUCGAGCGCAGCCUGCGCGCCGCCAGCAGCAACUCCAGCCUCCUGCAGCGCCAGCAGCGCCAGCUGCUCGAGUCGGUGCAGCGUCUGGUGCGCGUCGUGGCGCAGGGCCCGGCCCCCAUGAGGGCGGCCGAGCAGGUGUUCCAGGACUGUGCAGAGAUCCAGCACUUCGGGGCCAACACUAGUGGCGUCUACACCAUCCACGUGGGCAACAUGACGGAGCCCAGGAAGGUGUUCUGCGACAUGGAGGCCAAUGGAGGUGGGUGGACCCUAAUCCAGCGCCGUGAGAAUGGCAGCGUGAAUUUCCAGCGGAACUGGAAGGAUUACAGACAGGGCUUCGGCGACCCAGCCGGGGAGCACUGGCUGGGCAACGAGGUGGUGCACCAGCUCACCAGCGGGGCAGCCUACUCUCUGCGCGUGGAGCUGCAGGACUGGGAAGGCCACGAGGCCUACGCCCAGUAUGAGCGUUUCCAGCUGGGCAGCGAGGGGCAGCUGUACAGGCUUUCUCUGAGUGGGUACAGCGGCUCGGCAGGGCGCCAGAGCAGCCUGGUCCUGCAGGGCACCAACUUCAGCACCCGUGACGCGGACAACGACAACUGCCUCUGCAAGUGCGCCCAGAUGCUAUCUGGAGGGUGGUGGUUCGACGCCUGCGGCCUCUCGAACCUCAACGGCAUCUACUACCCGGCCCGGCACCACGUGCGCAAGCUCAACGGCAUCCGCUGGCACUACUUCCAGGGCCCCAGCUACUCGCUGCGUGCCACUCGCAUGAUGCUGCGGCCCGUGGGCGUCUGACGGGCAGGCGGCCUGGAGGCCGGACCACCCAGGAGGAGCCCGGCCCUGGCAUCCCGUGGGCAGCUGCACCCAAACACAGGACGCAGUGCCAGGGGCUCGUCCUCGACGCCCUGGGCCUCCUGAGCCACCGUCCUUGCCCCAGAAGUCCAAAGAGUCACCUGCCUCCCUGUUCCGCUCAGUCUGUGAAAUGGCGGGGCUUCGGGGACCCGUGCCUCUGCAGUACCCCUCACCCUCUUCCCGCAGGCCCUCCCUGCCCGCCUGAGACGCGCAAUACCCUGAAUGAGCCCAGAACAGGCCAAGCUUAGCUCCUCAAAGGAGUACGUGGCUAGGGCUGGGAUGGCGGGCAGGUGGGAAGGUAUUUGCAGGCAGGAAGCCGCCCGGGUGGAGGCUCAGAUUCUGUCCCUGGGCUGGGUGAGAAGGCCGUCUCCCACUGGAAGCUCCUGUUCAAGCUUUCCUAGACCUGAGACGUCCUGGAGCUCUCUUUUCAAGGCUGAAGGGUCUGCAUCCACCCCCAGUGGGUGGUUUAAUCACGAUUUCCCCUCCACACUCAACCAUGCCUAGACUCCGACGCCUGGGGCUCAGGGGCUUCAGGAGACCCAAAAGGCCCCAGCCCGUCCUAAAGUGUCCUUCACCCCCAGCCUGUCCUAAAGUGUCCUUCACCCCCAGCAUGUCCUAAAGUGUCCUUUACCCCCAGCAUGUCCUAAAGUGUAUUCCACAGGGAGUAACUAGGGCUCCUCUCUAUAAGUACCUGUGAUCAAGUGAGAGAAGGAAACAGCAGGUUAAAUCAUAGUGAAUAGAUAUUUUUACCUGCAGUACUUGUCAGGGCCUUUAAUGUGGUCCCAUGCCUUGUGACUGCACACAAAGGGACUAGUGUGGGCAGCUUUCUUCAGAUUUACUUAUUUGAAAUCGGCCCUGUUUGUUCCAGGGCAUCUCUCCAGGCUGUAGAUGCCCUUGGAAAAAGCUGGUCCUCGCCCGUCAUGAGGAGCCCCAGGGCCCCAUCCUCCACCCCAGCUGUACUCAACCUUUUUGGCUACAAGGGCCACACUGACGAUCUCAGCCUCUAAAAACAACUGGAAGGAAGCUUUGGGUUGAAAUAGACACAUAUCAUCCCUGAAGAAAGGUCUAGAACUAAGUCCCUGUGUGCUAAUGUCCUCCAAGGCUCCUUCUGGCCCCAUUAGGCCGGAUCUCUGCCCGUGUGGCUGCCCCCAGGACUCCCUGCAACCCAGGCUCACCCAGGCUCAGGUGCAGGGAUUGCUGGCAGGACAGCAGGCGCCGGGUCCAGAUCCCUCCAGAACCCGGAGCCCCCUCCUCCCCACCUCCCCAACAGCGAUGCCUUUGCCUGAGUUUGGGGGACCAAGAGUCCUUCAUUUGCUUCCUUCAGGGGCUGGAGUCGGGAAGGGUCCACAGCCCCUCUGCCACCCAUGCCGUCACUGUGUCACUCUCCCAGCCCCUCGUCAUUGCCCAGGGCCCAGCCAGGCCCCACCUGCGCUAGCCCAGGGUGCACCUCUGCCUCCAGAAGCUUUUCUCCGGGAUGAGGCUGGGCCGGCGGGAACGGGACACCUUCAUCCCACGCGGCUCUGCCCCGGCCCCUGCGUCCCACUCGCAGCCGCCCCCGAGUCAACCCAGCACAGACGGACUCUGAUCUUCAAACAGCAUUUCCCCCGCAAGCCCCAGGGCAUGUGGUUGCUAAAGGGGCAUUUCAGACAGGACGGGGAAAGUGUUUAGGGGCAGGCUGCUGCCCAGAAAGCCCAAUGCCUUACGCAGCAUCUGCCUGGUAGACCUUUAUUUAGCAUCUGCUGUGUGCAGCAUGGACCGUGGGCAGUCUUCGGGGGAGUGGCUCAGCCUCUUAAGGCCACAGUUGUCUUGUCUGUAAAAUGGAGACGGGAAGACUCCCUCCUCCCUGGGCUGUGGCGAGGGAGAAACGGACCGUGUUUAUCAACGUCGUAACAGAGCCCGGCGUGAAGCAGGUGCCUAAUAAAUGUUAGUGCUCAAAGAGGUGAA